CGGGCUAUUCAUGCCCGUGCCACCUCUGGGGUGACUUAGUCUUUAUAUCAAUCAAUCAAUCAUCCUGGUUGGAGGAAGCUGAGGUGUAGUCACCGAAUAUAAGCAAGCAAAAAGUGAAUAGAGGACACAGCCCCACUUCUGUCCCAGGUUGCAAGCUUGCAUACAUGUCUGAGGUAAUAGAGGACGCCAUCACACCAGAGGAGAACACAAUGCGUCGUUCACCAUCAGUUAUCUUCUCCGUCACCUUCAUCAGGCAUGGGGAGACAGAAGCCAACAGAGAGCGCAAGAUUCAAGGUCAUCUAGAUAUUCCUCUGAGCUCAUUAGGAAAGGUGCAAGCAUCGCAGGCUGGAGAAAGCUUGUGCAAGACAGCAUUCACACGAGCUUACACAAGUGAUUUGUGUAGAGCAUAUUCCACAUGUGAACAUAUACUAAAAGAAAAUUCCUGUAUAUUACCCUCCAUUAAGGUUGAUGAAAGGUUACGAGAAAGGAAUUUUGGGAGUGUAGAAGGUAUGAACAUAGAUGAAGUUAAGGCCAAGGCAGCAUCAGAAGGCCUCAUGUGGACAGAAUACAAUCCUCCAGGAGCAGAGUCAUUAGGUGAUCUUCAGGCUAGAAUGGUAGCCUUCUUUAAGGAGUUGAGUCAAUCUGUGUAUGACAAGAACAGGCAGAAAAUAUCAAGUGGUGUGGAAAAUGGAUGUGAAGAUAAAGAAGAUACUGAGAUUACAGAUAAUAUUCAGUUAUUAGAGGAAGGUGUGCCAGUAGAAAAGAUUUUGGUGGUGGGCCAUGGAGCAGCCCUUAAGCAGCUAUACAUUCACUUUCAUAAGACUCUGGGCUGCAAUACUCCUGGGGAUUUUGAUGAAAUCAACAAAAUCUCUCCAAAUACUGGAAUUUCGGAGUAUAUAAUAAGAUUUAGUCCAAAGAAAUAUAAUCUACAGUGUGUACGACUCCAUGAUGGAGGCCAUCUGCAGGAUCCUUAAUAGAAGUACUGUAUAGUUAUUCGAGAGACCACAGGUUUAAUUUUAAGUUUCGUCUUUUAACAGUAUUAAAUAAUUUAGAUUUUACUUGGCACAUCAAUUUGGUAAAGAGUUUCUCUUAAGACUAUUAUACAGUAUAUUAUAUUUAAAAUAAAUAACAGGGAAUUAUGGACAGUAUAUGAAUACUGGAUUGGUAUAGUUUUUAUAUAUAUAUUAUUAUUAAUAUAUAUAUAU